AUGGCCACAGCUAAUUCUAACCUUUUUACUACCAAGCGCGCGGCACGCCGGGAUGCGUCGUAUGAUCCAGGCAAUGAGUCGAAUUCAUUUGCAAAGAUCACCAGGCGAAGUAGUCAAUUUCCACUUCCAGUGCGGGACGACAACUCAAUUAGUGUAUUGGAACCAGAGGUUGUCAAUGUCGUCACUAAGCCCAGGAUUGAACGUAUCGAGGUACUAGCUCCUCGCGAAAGCACGUCGGACGAUUCAGAUAAUUUCAACUACAGCAGUAUUGUAUUACAAAAUGUGGAAGAGCUUUACUGGGACCCCUUGGGAGAGAUAUCAAACUUUAGAGUUGGGGAGCUUUCGGCAUCGGCAAACUUCUCUGUCAAUAUUCGUACCGAGUCUCGUGAAGAAGUGUUGCCCAUUGAUAUGCAUGUUCUGGAAGUCGUGCAUUCGAGCCCUUCGGGUAAAAUUUUCAAGGUUACACUCAAGGACACAGAGGGAUUAUCGGAGUAUCUAAAGCAAACUCCAAUCGAACAAUCGACAGCGCGUUUUUACUUCUUACAGGACGUAUCGAUCCAUGCAUCGCCAAUAGUCAGCCGAUUGUUGGGCUGUAGUAUCAAUGUUUUUCGAGACCACUUUAAGCGUGCCAGCGAUGAUGUCGCGUUUUUACUUCCGAGUAAAAGCGUCAUCCAGGAUCAUGUGGUCAUACCCUAUCAACGUUGCUAUAGACGCAGCUCUGCUAAAUCUAUCUGCGAAGUCCAAAACAAAAGGAGUACAUUUUGUCAUGGUAAUCUGGUUUCUUCCGAGGAACACGUCACAGUAUGGACGUCACGAAGUAGCCAAGGGUCUGCCAGAACUUUGAUCAUUUGCGAUGGGAAUCCCAAGCAAUCCGGUGAUCACUUUGAUUUUUCUCUGACCAUGCGUUCAAGACUCGAAAUCCAAGUUCAAGAACAAUAUCAUCAAGAUCCUGACCAAAAUUUCUUCCGCGUGAAAUCCUUAAUAGCAAAAGUGCCGUGGAUGGCAUUACGGGUUGCUAGCAAUGAAUGGCAAUCCGUUAUCCGGGCGCACGAAGCAUAUAUGCUUCCAGGUCUCAAGCCUCAAUACCUCGCCAGCACUGAAGUAAGGUUGUCGGAGAAAGAGGCAUUCGAGGAGUAUCUCAAACAGACAUGGAGUAUGCUAAAGAUGAACAUCCGUGUCAUUGAUUCUCUGGAAACCCUUUGCUCUAGUUGGCUUACUGAACAAUACAAGGAAACAUUGAAAGACUAUCAAUUCCUUGAAAAUAAAGUCAUGAUCCAAAUGAAGCAAAACAGUGCCAGUAUACCACUACUCACAGCAAUGAUAGCUGUUGAGGAGAGUAGAAAGGCAAUACAGCAAGCCAACGACGUCAAGGCUUUGACAGUCCUUGCAACGGUGUACAUUCCAUUAUCAUUCGUUGCCGGCGUUUUUGGUAUGAAUGUAUCGGAACUCAAUUCUGGAAUUGAUGUUGAUAUUUGGGUAUACUUUGCUAUCAGCAUACCGGUUACGAUAGCAUCAAUGGUUCUAGUAUGGAAGUGGGAAUGGUUGACAAGAAAAGUUAAGAACUUUCGAAUCAGACCUAAUAAUAAUCCCAGCCCGAGAAAGACCGUUUCAGGAGCUCUUUUCUCCGUGGGUAGAAUGACUGCUGGGAUUGGAAAACCGAGAGAUGUUCAGAUUGGCCAUGAUUUGGAAAGAUAA